AUGGAGAAGAAGAGGCCUUCCCGAUCUCUCUCAACUUCAGAAACAUUUGAUCACAAUUCUGUGCAUCGCGGAGAAAAUGAACAAGCUGAAGGGUCUCGAUAUGGAUCAAGGGACAUCGAAAAUCAACCUCCUAAUUCUAGUGAGUUACAGCACUUUUCAGAUGGCUGGAAAUUGGAUCUUAGUGUAUAUCAAAUUCUUUAUCAAGCUGCUCUGAAAGAUAAUUGGAGAAUUGCUGAACCAAUUUUAAAGAAGGAUCCAAGUUUUGCUACUCGUCGAAUGUCGGAGCGGGGUGAAACAGUUCUUCACAUUGCAGCAGCAGCGGGAAGCACCAAAUUUUUGGGAGAGCUAAUGAAACUGAUGGAACCAGGUGACUUGGAACUGCGAAAUAUUGAUGGAAGUACGGCAUUCUGUUUUGCAGCUGCAUCGAAUAUUGUUGAAAUCGCUAAAGCAAUGAUAGAAAGGAAUCCGAAUCUGCCUAACAUCCGUGGUGAGGACGAUGCAUUGCCAAUCACUGUGGCUGCUUCGGUUGGGAACAAAGAUAUGGUUUCGUGCCUUUUUGAGUUCACUAGCCUUGAUGAGCUAGAACAACUUAAACUUCUUGAAACCACUAUCCAGAACGAGAUGUAUGAUGUGGCAUCGAAUAUAUUCGAGAAAGACCGGGAAUUAGUGAGUAAAGUGUUAGAAGGACAUAAGUCUGUCUUAGUUUCGUUAGCUAAAAAGUCUUUAGUGAUCAGUAACCAAAGUCAAGGAGGAAACUGGGAGAGGUAUCUAAUUGUACGAGCUUGUUCGCCGGUGUGGAGAAUGUUUAAGAGUGCAAUUUCCAUGACCCGGAGGCAAUUCAUUCCAUGGUUCAAAGUUCAGGCACUUCAGGAAUUUUCAAUGAAGAAGCAAGCUGGUAUCCUACUUGAGGAGCUUUGGGCAGAGUGUCAGAGAAGUGCAGAAGAUCAGCUAUUGAAGCUAGUCGAAAAGGAAACAUUGCUCCAUACGGCUGCAAAAGCAGGAAAUGUAGAGUUUUUAGUUGUGGCUAUUCGCAAUAAUCCUGAUCUCAUAUGGAAAGUCGACAAACAUAACAGGACCAUUUUUCAAGUUGCUGUUUUACAUCGAGAGGAAAAUGUCUUCAGUCUUAUACACCAAAUUGGAGGAACUAAAGACUUAAUUAUUCGAAAGGUAGAUGAUAAUCAAAAUAACAUUCUACAUUUGGCUGGAAAGUUAGGGCACCCAGUCUAUAAACAGAAAACUGGACAGAUACGAGUUCCGAGAACCAAACCCCUGCAGGAAGCAACUCCUGGAGUCACAGAAUCACCACAGCAGUCAGCGUCUUCAUAUCCUGAUAGAGUUGUAGAAUCACUUGACCAGCUGUUGCAAAUUCUUAUGGGGGAAGAGAAGAUAAUGCCGCCAUCAUUUCUCAAGGUGUCUGGAGCAGCUCUUCAAAUGCAAAAAGAGAUGUUGUGGUUUAAGGAAGUGGAGAAGAUCGUACCACCUUCACUACUCAGGAAGAAAAACAAAGAAGGGAAAACCCCAAGGCAAUUAUUCACAGAGGAGCACAAGCAAUUACUAAAAGAAGGGGAAAGGUGGAUGAAAGACACUGCGAAUUCUUGUAUGAUUGUUGCAGCUUUGAUUGCCACAAUAGUGUUUGCUGCUGCUUUCACUAUUCCAGGCGGUAAUAACAGUGAUAUAGGUACUCCAAUAUUGCUAAAAUUGAAUGCCUUUGCGGCUUUUGUCACAUCGGAUGCAUUGGCACUCUUCAGUUCAAUUGUUUCCAUCAUUAUGUUCUUGUCCAUUCUCACGUCGCGCUAUGCUGAAGACGAUUUUCUUGUGUCAUUGCCUGCCAAGUUACUGUUUGGACUCACGGCGUUGUUUGUCUCGAUAGUCAGCAUGCUCGUGGCUUUUGUAGCAACCUUCUUCUUGGUCUAUAAUAAUCAUGUGGCUUGGGAGCCAAAGCUCAUUACUGCUUUUGCUGGUGUUCCUGUAGCUUUAUUUGGGUGUUUACAGUAUAAACUAUGGUUUGAUGUGGCAAAAUCGACAUAUUGGUCCAAAUAUCUUUUUAGACAGGGAAAGCACAGCCUCUAUUAACAAGGGGGCCUUCACGGCAGAUAAGCGGGCUAUUGGAAUAUCCUUUUUGUAAUAAGAACCACGAUGCUUGUUUUAGAAGGAUUGUAAUAUUUUAUUCUAAUUCGGCAGCUUUUUGUCUUAUUAGUAUAGAUUAUUGUAAUAUUUGGGUAUGAAACUUGAGAAAAUUUCUGCAUCAGUGCUA